GAGCGACGCCAUUGUUGUGACGUCACUUCCUGUCAGUCUGCUGUCCUCACAUCUCCUCCAAACAAACACAAAGAGCCGCUUGAGUUGAGGAAAGAAGAGCAAGUCCAAGCUUAAAGUCUUCAAGUCCAAGCUUAAAGUCUUCAAGUCCAAGCUUAAAGUCUUCAAGUCCAAGCUUAAAGUCUUCAAGUCCAAGCUUAAAGUCUUCAAGUCCAAGCUUAAAGUCUUCAAGUCCAAGCUUAAAGUCUUCAAGUCCAAGCUUAAAGUCUUCAAGUCCAGGCUUAAAGUCUUCAAGUCCAAGCUUAAAGUCUUCAAGUCCAAGCUCCAAGUCUUGAUGAGUGAUGUCUGAGCGGAAGAGGAAGCGAGAGUCAGGCAGUCAACAGGAAAAUGCAAACAACAAAGGCGGAAGUGAGAGCGAACUAGCCGCCAGAUGUAAACAACACGUGACCAGUGAGGCGCGGGAGAGCCGCUAUUUCACCUGUCAGCAAAGUCACCUGCAGCCUCACCUGGGGGAACUCUUCUUCAGGCAACCUUGCGUCACUUUGGCCAAAGCUUUUCUCGGCAAGGUGUUGGUCCGCAGGCUGGAUGAUGGCACAGAGCUGAGAGGACGGGUGGUAGAGACGGAGGCGUACCUGGGAGGCGAGGACAAGGCAUCGCACUCGGCGGGGGGCAAACGCACCGGGAGAAACACGGCCAUGUUCAUGAAGCCCGGCACCAUCUACGUUUAUCCCAUCUACGGCGUCUACCUGUGCAUGAACGUGUCGAGCCAAGGCGAAGGCGCCGCCGUGCUGCUGCGCUCCCUGGAGCCCCUGCAGGGCCACGCGGUCAUGAGGCGGCUGAGGGCGUCCAAACGCAGAGACCAGGCCCGCCCGCUGAAGGACAAAGAGCUGUGCAAUGGGCCCUCCAAGCUGUGCCAGGCUCUUGACGUCCAGCGCCGCCUGGACCGUCAGGACAUGGCGUCCAGCUGGGAAGUGUGGCUGGAAGACGGCGACUCCACCACAGAAGUGAGGGAGAUGGUGUCGGCGCCACGUAUCGGCAUCCGGUCACACGGGGAGUGGGCCGAGAAGCCGCUGAGGUUUUAUCUCCGUGGCAACGCUUGCGUUAGCGUGGUGAAUAAGGAGGCGGAGAGACUUUGUGAGAGCUGAAGGAGUCCAGGUGGACACAAUUAGCAGUCAGUAAUGACCUCGGGGGUCAAGAUUGGCACUAACAGCAGUGGCUGUAGGCAACCUCCUUUUUAAAAGUGCUGGUCAGCAUCCGGCAGCUAAAAUAACCACAUCUUUUACAUCCGACUCCUCAGCAAUAAUAAUGCUGACUGUGCACUUUAAACAAGCUUGUGGUCACGGAGACACCUGGCUUCCACUCAUGCACUUCAAAACAUCAUUCGAGGAAAAGACGCUGGGAGUUUGGCUCCAAAAAUAUUCAUUUACAAAUAAAAUCCAUCCAUCCUACCGCUGAACAAAUCUAUCCAUCCAUUUCCUACCGCUUAGUCCCUUUAGGGGUCAGUGGCGCCUAUCUCAGCUACAAUCGGGCGGAAGGCGGCGUACACCCUGGACAAGUCCCUACUUCAUCGCAGGGCCAACACAGAUAGACAGACAACAUUCACACACUAGGGACCAUUUAGUGUUGCCAAUCAACCUGUCCCCAGGUGCAUGUCUUUGGAGGUGGGAGGGGCCUAUCCCCAGGUGCAUGUCUUUGGAGGUGGGAGGGGUCUAUCACCAGGUGCAUGUCUUUGGAGGUGGGAGGGGCCUAUCCCCAGGUGCAUGUCUUUGGAGGUGGGAGGGGUCUAUCCCCAGGUGCAUGUCUUUGGAGGUGGGAGGGGUCUAUCACCAGGUGCAUGUCUUUGGAGGUGGGAGGGGCCUAUCCCCAGGUGCAUGUCUUUGGAGGUGGGAGGGGUCUAUCCCCAGGUGCAUGUCUUUGGAGGUGGGAGGGGCCUAUCCCCAGGUGCAUGUCUUUUGAACAAAUCUGCUAAUUCAUAAAACACUUGUUCUAAGACAAAUGUGUUUAUUCUGCUAUAAUGUUAAGUUAGUUCUUUGGUUAAAGCAAUGACCUUCUUUUCAAAACGUAACAACAAAAUAAAAAUUCUUGCUCCUCUUCGGACAUGAUGUAGAAUUGAUGUACAUUGUAUCAUGUACCCUAGUGUGACUGCAUACAUCUUCCAAAUAAUUGAUGUACACUGUAUCAUGUACCCUAGUGUGACUGCAUACAUCUUCCAAAUAAUUGAUGUACAUUGUAUCAUGUACCCUAGUGUGACUGCAUACAUCUUCCAAAUAAACUUCAACAAACCAAAAUCACAGCAAAAUAAAAUUUUAAAUACAAAUGUAAUUCCAUUUUCUUUUGAUUACAUACAAAAUGUAAAAUAAAGUCAAUAGUGUAAACUAAUUAUACAAAAGCAAAAACAACUAUUGGGCUAUUAUUUCCUAAGUUUGUAACAAUAAAAAGUAUACAAUACCUAUACUUGGGAGGGUUGUACAAGUAUAGUACUGCCAUACUAAUGAUUCAUAUGCGGUACUAUACCAGCUCUAAAAAGUAUUGCCCCUCACUGGUUGAUACUUCUCAAUUUUUUAGCAUCAGAAAAUCUUUUUUCCUUUUAAAAAAAUUCAUAUUAUGUUUAUAAAGUCAGUAAAUAUGUCCCUGGACACAUGAGGACUUUGAAUAUGACCAAUGUAUGAUCCUGGAACUACUUGGUAUCCACAUGAUCCAUACCUAAAUGUGUGGUAUCAUCCAAAACUAAUGUCAAGUAUCAAAGAAGAGAAGAAUAAGUGAUUAUUACAUUUGAACAGAAGUGUAGAUAGAAGAGAUAUUAAGUAGAUAUUAACAGAAAGUGAACAAAAAGACAAUAAUAAUCCAUUUUUACAGUUUGUCCCUCAUAAUGUGUACAAAAUAAUAGGUGUAUAAAUGACACAAAAGGUUACUGCAGACUAAUUAGGAGUCUUUGUUUGUUUACUUGCUACUAAAAGACAAGUUGUCUAGUAUGUUCAACAUUUUAUUGAAGGACUAAAUGACAAUAAUAAACAUAAGUUUCAUCUACACUAACAUUUCUUGUUCCAAUUAAGACAAUGACAUUUUUUGUGGUCCCCUUUAUUUAGGAAAAGUAUGGAAAAAUAUGAAAAUACAUUUUGGUACUGGUACCAAAAAACAAGUGUUUGGGGACAAUACUGUGGAGCUGCAUGAUCAGGAUAGAAGAAUAAUAUAAACAGUUCUAUCAUCUGUUAAACUGAUUUCAUUUCUGUCCUCUUCACUGCACAACUCUAGUAACAACUCACUAUGUUCUUUCAUUUUCACUUUUUACAGGUGUACUGGUCACCUGUCUCCAUACUUUUGUCCAUACACACGUCCAACUAAAACUGUCAUUUCACGCAGGCAAAAAGCCAAAAGUCCAAAACAAUUACGCACGCAUGACUUUUUUUUUUCUCCAAAUAAAAGACUGGCGGCUUUAGAUUUGG